AUGCCUACAAAAUCAGGCAAAAAAUCUCAUGGUCAAAGUCUUUACAAAAGAUUUGUUGAUGCUUAUAUGAAAGCUCGUCCGGAUACGAAACGUGCAGUAAAGCAUCAUGAUGCUCAAGUUGAAUGGAAUACAAUAAAAUCUAAUGAAGAAUUAGUACAAGAAAAAAUCGAAGAAUAUUUAGAAAUUUAUAAUAAUUUAGGUGCACCUGAAAAUGCAGGUCUUGCACGUCCGCCAUCACCGGAUGAACCCGAACGAAAAGAUGGUCGUGGACGUCCACGUAAAAAUGGUAAAAAAAAUGAAACAUCAAAUAAUAAAGAAAAUAGUGGUGAGAAUAAAUCAAAAAAAAAGGAUGAAGAAUGGAACGGUCUAGAUGAUCUUGAUGAUGAUGAAGAAGAAGAAGAAGAAGAGGAAUCCGAAGAAGAAAUUGAGAAAAAGAAAAAAAAGAAGAAAAGUUAUUAUGUUAAAAAACGUAAACCAGCUGAUGAAGAUAUUAUACAAGAUCCAACAUUAACAGCAGCUCAAGCAACUGGUGGUUCAUUAGAACCAUUACCAAAAAAACUUCGUCAACCAGCUCAAGAAAAAGCUUACAAAGAAUUAAGUGCCAUAAAUGAACGUAUUGCAUCGUUAGUACAAGUUAGACAAAUGGGUUUAUCAACACCAGAAAAUAAAAAACAAUUAAAAAAAUUAAUUGUUGAUCGAAAAAAGAAAGCUUAUGAAUUAAAACGUCUUCAAUCAAAACAACGUGCAUCAAAUAAAUAUCGAAAUAAACAAAAAAAAAUUGUUGAUAAUCUAUUAGAAUCAAAACCGGAAUUAAGUCCACAAUUAAAUAAACUUUAUCGUCGUGGUGUUGGUCGACCACGUGUUGAAGAAAAUUGUCCAGAUUUAUUACAAAUUAUUGAAGAAAUUGCUAAAGUUGGUGGUGCAAGUGAUGAUCGUCGUCGAUCAGAAACAAUUCGUCCUUGUUUAACAUUAGAUGAUCUACGUGAAAAGAUUAAACAACGUGGUUAUGAUAUUAAACGAACAACACUUUAUUAUCGUCUUUUACCACAUCGUGCAUCAUCGAUUGAAGGUCGUCGACAUAAUCAAACUGUUCCUGUUCGCCUUCGUCGUGCACAAAAUGAUGAACAUGGUAAACAUGAAGAUGGUCAUUUUGCAACAGCAACAAUUCGUUAUAUGAAAGAUUUAGCAUCGAUAUUUGGCAAUGAUUGUGUUUUCUAUUUAUCACAAGAUGACAAAUGUAAAGUUCCACUUGGUUUACCAGCAGCUCGUGUUCAAGCACCAAUGUUAAUGCAUUUGGAUUAUCGUAUACGUUUACCAGAUCACGACUGGACAGUUGCACCACGUCAUCAAUUGACACCAAGUGUUUAUGCAGCAUGUCUUUUAUCUGAAGAUGGUGAUUUAGGUUAUUCAGGACCAACAUAUGUUGCUGUACGUUCAGCUAAACAUGAUCAAUCAAAUGCUGAUUCUCAUGCAACUGAUUUUGAUCGUCUUGUUAAUUUAAAAGAAUUUGAAAAAGUUGCACGUGAUGAAACAGGACAAGUUAAACCAAUUGUUAUUGUUACUGUUGAUGGUGGUCCAGAUGAAAAUCCACGUUUUCCAAAAACACUUGUGGCUUGUAUAAGAAAAUUUAAAAAAUAUGAUUUAGAUGCACUUUUUUGUCUAACACAUGCUCCUGGUCAAUCCGCUUAUAACAUUGUUGAACGUCGUAUGGCACCAUUAUCACAUGAUUUAGCUGGUCUUAUUUUACCACAUGAUCAUUUUGGUUCACAUUUAAAUGAUUCGGGAUCAACAGUAAAUGUUGAUUUAGAAAAAUUAAAUUUUCGUAAAGCUGGACAAAUGUUAGCUGAAACAUGGAAUCAAACAAUUAUUGAUGGUUAUCCUGUUUUUGCAGAAUAUAUUAAUCCACCAGUUACAUCAGAAGAUGAACGACGACAACUUGAUGUUAAAAUUGUUAUGGAUGAACUUAUACGACAAGUUUGUGCUGAAGAAGAAGCUGAAGAAGGUCAUGAAGCUCGUAUUUCUGCAGCAGAUGAAUAUUAUCAAGAUAAUGCUCGUCCACCACGUGAAAAAUUUAGUGAUCAACCAAAAUAUGAUAUUGAUGAAUAUUGGUGUGCAAUGCACGUUUUACAAACACAAUAUACAUUACAAAUUGUUCGUUGUAAUUCAGUUGAAUGUUGUGGAGCAUGGCGUUCAAAUUAUAUUGAAGUAUUUCCACAUCGAUUCUUACCAUCACCAGUUCCAUUUGAACGUACACCAUAUGGUGUUCGUAUGGCUGAAAAAGAUUAUCAAAAAGGACAAUUUUAUGGUUCAUUAUUUCAACGUAUUCAAUUUCAUGGUGUUGUUAUUGAAAAUACACAAAAUGAAAUGUUACCAUUUGAUUUUUGUUGUUCAUCCGUUAAGAAAGAAUUACGAAAACGUACAUGUAGAAUAUGUAAUCAAUAUAUUCCAUCAGCUUAUCGAAUGAAAAAUCAUUAUAAAAUUCAUGCCGAACAUUAUGAUGAUUUUGAUCAUGAACAAGAUGAUACAUUACCAUUAACAAAUAUGAAUGAUUCAAAUGAAAAUAAACAACCAACAACAACAGCCGCACCACCAGUAUUUAAAACUGAAAUGUUAGAUUGGCUUCGUUCGGAUUUUGAUGAAUUCGAUUUGGGUCCAGCACCAACACAACUUGCAAGUGAUCGUGUUACACGUAGUUUGAAGAAAUUACGUGUACAAGAAAAACAAAAUGAAGAUAACAAUGAAGAUUGGGUACAUGUAGAAUAA